UGGACGUUUUCCUGUGAGCUAGCUAGCUCUCUCUCUCUCUCUCUCUGUUGGAUUCUCAGGGCCUUCAUCCUCGCUUUUCGUUUGAGCGUCAAACAGUUGUAAAGCAAUUGAGCUCGGGAAAGGAACUCAAGAAGAAGAGCUUGUCACCCAAAAUCAGACAGCCCAGUGGACCACACAAAUAGGCUCUUUUCACUCAACUUCGAGCAUCUUAAGCCCCAAAUACCGAGAGGACAAUUCAGCGUCCUCAAACCACGGUCUCGAAGCAAAAGCAAAGUCCUGCCCGACCAGUCUUUCUACCUUGUCAUUUGAUCUGGUGCCGUAGACGUCGAUUUCGUGCUCCCUCCGGGACGUCGGAGACACAAAAACCCAACCUGAAAAACGUGCAAAAAGUUGAAAAAUGGCCGAAGUUGUGCAACCUCGUCGACCUCCACUCCUGAGCACCCAUCCCACCCCAGUCGUAAGUGCCAUAAAACGUAGGGACACUACCACUGACCCAGCCCAUCAUGGAUCCGGAAGUAUUUCGUACAUAGGAAGAGACACAAGCAUGAGCAGCAGCAGUUCCUCGUCGUGUUCGUCCACCAGCACACCCACUCGACAGCGUCGGAAAAUCAGUACUUGGCUUAAUUGGUGGCGAGGUAAAGCCGCCUUGGCCUCGGGCCGGCUCAAGAGUGAGGCCGAAAGGCCCUUGAAUGAAACUAGUCGGUCUCAUGUUUGCACCUGUGGGAUGAAGAGUAGCCUCCUUGGCAGGACGUGUAGUAGUGGUUCUGACCGCGGCGGGGAUCAUCCAGUGUCUUCAGUGCAUGGCUCGACUUCGCAAUUGCUCUCAGUGUUGCCUACGUCUUCGAAUUCUUGGAAAGAGACCUCACCUGAUUUAUUCCCAAUGGACUCAUCCCCUUGCGACAGGAACCCACCAAUGGAAACCAACAAACACCACCACCAUCCUCACGACCAUCACCACCACCACCACCACCAUCAUCAUCAUUCUCUUCAACAACAACAUCAGCAACAAAAUACUCAUCACCACCUCAACAACCCUCAUCACAAGAGCUGUGCCUGUUAUCAGAACUCAUCACAUUCAGUUUGUCAAGCGGAAGGAGGAAGAGACCUUCUGUACUUGAGGCUGAAUUCCAAUAGUUCGUCCACCUUGUCUGACGACCUUGACCUUGGAACUAGGCUGGACUUCAUGGUCAAUGUCGCAGCCUCGAACCCCGAUUUGACCGAAGAAACUGAUUGUGAUACAGCCCUUUUCGUGGGUGGAAACGGCAAGAGUUCAAAGUCACCUUUUCUAAGUGGUCGUCCUGCCAGUAGCGUGACCAAAGGCAACAAACCGUUCCGGAGUAAGUUUCCUAGCCCCUUCAGAAACCGGAAGUACAUGGCCGGAAAGAACCUUCAUCCGGGACCGGGGGGUGGGUGCGCCGCGCUCUAUUCGGGUCAACAGACCCCCACCCUGGCCAAGAACAUCCCGUAUUCCGCAUUGAGCUCGACGAACUCACCCACCCAACCCUUGGGUCCUGAGGAACAAGAGCUGGAAGCCGCCCUUGGCCUUGAGAAACCGUCCAUUUCCAAAGAAGAAUUACUCAGGCUCUACAUUCAGAAGCUUGAUGAAGAGGCCAACUAUUUCAAGGCCAGUUCUCCUACCGAGGACGACCUUUGCGAUUGUCCAAAAUGUCAGAUUUGUGCACAGGACGAUCCUAGAAAUGAGUCCAAGGUGAAGUCCCCGACCCACCAAAAUCCCAUCUCAUUUUGGAGAACAAAGGCCCCAAAAAUCAUGGACAUGCUUAGCGAGACAAAGCCCAAGUUUGACGGUAUGAAACUCAGGUACACAAAUGAGAGACACUACAAAGUGUAGCCUAGGCGUCCUUAGGUCAGAGUCGUUUUUUACUCGAGUCCGAGGGAAGUUGUGCUUUCUGAUGAGUUAGCAAACGAUCUGGGAGUAAGCUCACACGUUGGAUCCGUGGGGCUUGUUUCAAAAGUUUUCCUCCAACAGCCAGGCUGAGUGAGCUUUGCGCGCCACUACUCAGUAUAUACGUUCCCUAAAGACUUUUGGGUUGCUCAAGGUAGGAAAUGGGCAACUGAAGUCUUCUUAUUGAGAUAACAGCUAGAACCGCUACAAAACCCCGGGCAAAGAGUGGAGAUUUGGUCCAGGGCCGAACCG